GCUCGAUGGAUGCUACGUCUGCAGGAGUAUGAUUUCAGCAUCGGGCAUGUGCCAGGGGAGGAAAAUGUAAUGGCAGAUUAUUUGUCAAGACCGGACACCGAAGCCGAACUUCCAGAGAUAGCGUGUGCAGUUAACGGCCUAGAGGGAGACCCCCUAGAACUCGUCCGACAUCAGAAAGCCGACCCUAACCUUCGGGAGGUAAUCAGAGUGAUAAAAGAGGGAGAAGAUGUUGACAAGAGUGGAACAGAUAAAGAAUUAACAAUGUUGCUGAGGCAGAAGGAGAGACUGAGAGUGAACGGAUACGGAGCCUUGACCUGGCGGGAUGAUGACGAGAAUUGGGUAGCAAUAAUCCCAAAAGAUCUGCGCCAGGAGAUGAUUCGUGAAUGUCAUCAGGUAGCGCACACAGGUAUUGCACGGACAACUGAUUUGCUGCGACAAAGUGCGUACUGGCCAGGUAUGAAAGACGAUGUUGCACGAUAUGUAUUAGCGUGCCAGCGAUGUCAACUAAUGAAAGGGGAUCGAUGCAUACGACCGCCAUUGCAGUCAAUUCCAGUAACAGCAGUUGGUGAUUUGUGGUCAGUAGAUAUUAUGGGACCGUUCCCACAGACGACAAGUGGUAACCAGUACCUGCUGGUGAUGACUGAGCAUGCCACACGAUGGGUAAAUGCCGUGCCGAUGGCGGACCAACGUGCAAGAACGGUGACGGAAGCGGUAAUGCGGCACAUUGUGGCGGACCAUGGGAUACCAAAGAUAAUAUUAACCGAUCAAGGUCCCUGUUUCGAGAGUGAUGAGUUCAAGUCCCGUCUAAAGCAGUUAGGUAUAAAGAGAGUACGAACAACGCCGUAUCAUCCACAGACGAAUGGGUUAACGGAAAGGAAUAACCGAACGCUAAAGGAAUGGCUAGCAUCUAAAGGGGGUGACUGGGAGAAAGAAUUACCAUUAAUCUUGCUGGCACAUCGUGCCUCGGCACAGGGAACAACCAGGAAGUCACCGUUCCAGCUGAUGUAUGGCAGACGGCCGAGACUACCAACGCAUGAUAAAACCUGGCCGCAACAACAGAGAUGGAAUACAACAAGAUUGAGAACAGAGCGGAGACAAGCAAUCAGGAAUGUGAGAGAGAAACAAACAUCAGACAUGCAGAAGUCAGAACAGGAGAGAAAGAACUGGAGACCGUUUGAAGUGGGAGACCAAGUGAAGUGUAGAGAACGGAAAUAUACCACAGGAAGAGGGCCAGGGUCAGGUAAGCUGAUCCCGAAGUGGGAGGGACCGUACGUAGUAACCGAGAGGCGCGGCGCAGUGUAUACAAUCCAGAAAGGAAACAAACAGAAACGCGUGAAUGCCAGUGAACUCCAAAGGUGGUUCCAAGUGCGCCAAGAGGGUGAGCCACAAACACUGAUAAAGAAGACGGCUGUACGGAGAUCAGAAAGGCUGAGAGAGCGACUUGUUAAAGGGGGGACGAGUGUGGUGUGUGCUACUUAUACGAACGAUAUAAGUAGUAUAAGAAUGGACGUGAAAGAAGAUGUCUUACGGUCAGAAGAGGAAAACGGAAAGCAAAUAGAGCAAAAGCAAGAAAGAUUUAGGGCACCGACAGGAAGUAAAGGAAGCAACAGCAGGAAUGGAGGAAGGCUGGAGCGUUGGAAGUCAGGACUCAAAGAUGGUGUGCAAAUGGAGUAUUCAAUGUAAUGUUAUCGUUUUUAAUUGACUAAGAGUGUAAAUUUGCCAAAUACAAUCUAUUGAGCCUCCCUCAGUCUUCUCAAUUGGUGUCGCUGCCUCCACACAGGAUGAAGAUACCAUGGCCUCGGGAGUUUGAAGACGGAGAUGUGAGGAGCUUCUUGAAGGAGUUCGAGGCUGUGGCGGAGCUGGUCGGAGUCAAGGAACGGAAGGCGAAGGCGGUGGUGCUGGGGACUCUACUAAGAGGCAGGGCGAGAGCGGUGUACGAUAGUGUGGAGGAUGCUGACUGGAAGGCGGUGACGGAAAGGCUGCUGUUGGAGUUCGACAGCCCGGCGGAUAGGCAGGACGCGCUGCAGAAGUUCCGGGAGGCGCGGCUGUCGGUGGACGGCGACCCACUCGUGCUGGCCGUGGAGCUGACAAGAUUGCUGCGCCGGGGUCUGCCGAAUUUGGAUGAGGAGUCGCAGGCACAGCUGCUAGCCUCGCAAUUCAUUGAAAGUGUGCCUGCAGAGAUUGGCCAACAGUUGAGACUGGUGAACGCGGCACAACCAAUGGACGUCACCGAGCUGGCGAAAGUAACAAGACAACUGAUGAACUCAACAGUCGCCUCGGUGGCGUGUGAGAGACAGGCUGAUGAUGUCGUGAAGAAGAUAGAAGAAUUACAACGAGAGGUGGCAGCUUUACGAAUAAAGGGUGAAAGAAAUAAUAAAUGCUACAUUUGCGGAGGAACCGGACAUUGGAAGAGGAAUUGCCCAACAAGACGAAGACGUAAAUAUUUUAGACCAUACACAAGUUGUUCUUUAUGUCUUUCGAAACUGGGGGUCUCGGCAUUAGUAGAUAAGGGGGCGGUCUAUGCGAGAGUAGGGAUAAACGAGCGAGAGGUAGUUUGCCUGAUUGAUACAGGGGCGG